AUGUCAUCUAUAGUUAUUAAUGAAGAAGAUAUUAUUUAUGAAGAAGACUUAAAUAUGGAGAUACUUUAUUAUUAUCAUGUUUACUUUAUAGAGGAAGACACUGAAAUAUAUAUUACGAAACAAAUAACCAUUAAAACU